ACAUGAAUUUUAUUGGCCGUCAUGAUCAUUUGGGCGGUUAUCGGCGUGUGAACACAACCACCUAUGGCAUACCCCUAUUUACGAAAAAUGAAACAACAUCGUUUGUUAAAGAAAGUGUUUCAUGGAAGUGGCACAAGGGUUCGCGUGUCAGCACCAUCAAUGAUUGGCUGCAAAUAAAAAUUGGCGGCGAUGAGGAGGUCAAGAAGAAAAAACGAAAACAAAAAUUGAAUCGUAUUAAAUCAACGAAAUACACAUUCAUAACAUUUCUGCCACAAAAUCUACUCGAGCAGUUUCGUCGAAUAGCGAAUUUUUAUUUUUUAGUUAUGACAAUUAUAUCAUUGCUAAUUG